GAGGUGGAAGGAGUGCGCCUGCCGCGGCUCUGUAACGGCUGGAUGCGGGAGGAAAAGCGAGCCGGCUUCUCCUGCGCGCUCGAGUUGCGCCUUGCUUCCGCCGUCGCUUAGCGCGGGCAUCUUUACGGUGGCCACUUCACUCCUCUGUUGCGCCUCCGACUAAGAGAAGCCGAGCUGAGCAGCCCCGCCGCAGACGCCACUAGCCUGGCCGACGCCGGCAGCACCAUGAGCGCCGACUGCACGAGUUACGUGAACGCCGACAAGGUGCUGGUGAGCGCCUUUAUUUGCCCGGCGGAGGACGGCGAGCCAAGCGCGAUCUACUGCUGCGGUUUCCAGGACCUCAAGUAUUGUUGCGAUGACCCACAUAGCUUCUUCCCCUACGAGCACAACUACAUGUGGUGGCUCAGUGUUGGAGCCCUUAUUGGCUUGUCAAUCGUAGCUGUGGUCCUGCUGGCUUUUAUCAUCACUGUGUGUGUUCUCUGUUACUUGUUUAUCAGCACAAAGCCACAAAGCAAACUGGAUAGAGGCCUAAGCUUAAGCACACAGUCAGCAGGUGAAGAGACUAGAGGGAGUUCUUUAUGUUAAAGAGAGGUGUAUGGAACAGGACAGGUACAAGACCAGUUCUACAAGCAAAUAGCACAGAACUGCAUCUUUCAGAGUGCACCAGCAAAGCAGCCUACACAGCCCCACAGAAACAAAAGGAGUCUCUUUCUGUAAGCAGGACUGGGAGGAGAAUCCAGUGCAAGAACCUGAGGGGCUCUUUGAAAGCUGUUUUAUUGCCACUGUGAUAGCUAGGCUGGUGCGGACCAGAGAGAGGGCAUUUUCAAUUGUGGCGCCCACCCUCUGGAACUCGCUCCCUUUUGACCUCCGACAUGCCCCCUCCCUGAUGGGUUUUCGCCGAGCCUUAAAGACCUGGCUAUUCAGGCAGGCCUAUGGGAUUUUUGAGGGGGAUUAGUUUUUAUGGAAUCUUAACUGAAGAUGGUUUUAGUUGAAUUGAUGGUGAUGUUGUGUUUUGCUGAUUUAUAUAUUAUUUUAUACUGUACUUGAAUUGUUGUAUUGUAUUGUUG